AUGUACGACUAUGGCUUGGUGGGCCGUGGCUUUCCUGAAGUGACCUUGAGCCCUGAUCUGUCGGUGCCGUGGAAGACUCACUGCGGGGUGCACAUCUCGGUGAAGGCAGCACGCACCCAGCGCUGGUACCGUCAGCUCGUGCUGCCGCAGCCGCUGCCGUCUCGAGAAAGGCCUCGUGCGGUCGCUGACCCUGACAGCAAGACGUCGAAGCGUAAGGCUGCCGCUCGUGAACGCAAGUUACAGCAACUUCCGACAGACAUGCAGGACUUGUUCGAUGAUUUCUUUGGGCCCAUGGAGGGGCCAGAUGGCAUGACGUCCUUUGGGGGCCCCCAGAGCACGCACUGCUCGCCACCCAUGCCCGCUGGGCCAACGGGGGUUGAGGGUACCGACUCUGGGGGCAGUCGACCUGAUGUCGCCAGCGAGGUGGCUUUUGCUAUUUCUGAUGAGACCUGGGACGAGGCCACGACUCAGAUUUACUGGGAAGGCGUCCCUGAACCGCAUGGCCAGGUCCCUGCUGGAUUCCUGGGUCAUCAUGCUCCUUACGACCCAGCACGACACUUCGUGUUCCGCUGGCAAGUUGAGGGCCGAGCGCGGGUCGAUGUUUUGCACAACCAUUGGGUUGCGGUCAUGGAGAGGGCUGUGCUUCUGCAUGAGAAGGUUGACUCUGACAAGUGGAAGCAGUACUCAGGCCGAGCUCGUGGCCCUGCCUGUUGUUGGAAGUUGGCACGGUCGACUCCCGGACGUGCUCACAUGCGCAACGAGCAGGCUGAGUGGUGGGGCCUUGUCAGCACGCUGGUCACGCGCUACGUGGCCUUGGUGAGGAACGAUUCUGACCCGCACCAGGCGGCCCAGCGCGUCGUGAAGGCGCGGCACCUGAUCGAGCAGCUGGACGGCAAGUCGGAUGAGCUGUUCUUUGGCAAGAAGCAGGACCCUCAGGAGAUCUUCGUCUGGAAGAGCAUGGUGCACAGCCUGGACCUGGUCGACGCUGCUUCCUUACCUGAGUUACUGGAGAGAACUCGCAGGUGGGCUGAUCUGUCAAACGCUCGGGCCAUGAUGGCCUCCAGGUCCGCCUUCAUGAAAUGGGUCCAAGAGAUGUGGUCGGCAAAACCUGGGGCUGUUCACAGACACGUGAAACCAACGGAGGCCCCAGUUUGGGAAAGUAAGGACUCCUGGGGCACGGUCACUUCGGACAACCAGGCAAUGCUUCAAGGUCUGGCGAAGGAGUGGCAGACGAUGUGGACCGACCCAGUCGACUCGCCUGAGGACGUUCUGGCGAUGAUGCAGAAGUGCUUCGACGCUGCCAGGGAGGACCCUCUGCCCAUCAUCACUCUGCUGGACCUGGAUGCCGUGCUGCCGAGGAUCCCUGCAAGGAAGGCCAAGGGCGUUGACGCUCUGAGCCCCUUGGACAUUCAACGACAACCUGAUGCAGCUCGUCAGGCCUUCGUGGACACCUUGAACGCGAUCGAGGCAGCAGGGGUAUGGCCUUCCAGUCUCAGCAGUGUCUUCGGCGCGGCCAUCCCGAAGGAGGCGGGGGGCUGCCGUGUGCUGGGGCUGGUUCCCAUGCCGCAGAAGGCUGGCCUGCAGAUUGGAUUCCCGCCGAUCAUUUUGCUGCUGGAGAUAGGCCUCUACUCCUUUCCGCGCCUUUUGAAGAAGGGCCAGAUGAUCACGGAGGCGGUGGAGGUCACCAGGUCGAUCGUCGCGGGGUCUGGGCUCGGAGUACCUCUGGCCAAAGUGAUGUUGCAUCGGCUGUUGGACACCGUCCAUCGUGAGGUUCCUCCUGCUGGCCUGUGGAGCUAUAUCGACGACAUUGUUGGCCGCGCGGAGGGCACCAAGCAGAAGGUCAUCCGCGACCUCGAGGCGACGGCCGAUGUCAUGGCAGACGGCCUUCGUGAGCUCCGUCUCCAGAUCUCCACCAAGACGAAGCUGGUGGCGAGCUCGGACGACCUUGGCGCGGAGCUGGAGAAGCGGCUGCGCCGCAAGGGCAUCCCUGUGGAGCUCGUGCGCGCCACGGUGGACUUGGGCUCCGACGCUGCCGCUGCCAGGGCGAGGGCCUCUGCCAGGAUGAUGAAGCGCCGCGCCCAGGCAAGACGUAGACAACGUAAGGUGAUGAAAGUCAGGCGCCUGGCCAAGCUUCGCUUUGUGACGAAGAAGCUCUGGUCGACAGGCGUGUACCCAGCGUCCGUCUUUGGUCAUCAGCUGAUGGGAACCCCUCCUACUACGCCGUUGGCCAUGCGACGCGAUGCAGCUGCAGCGGUGGCUGGUACGAAGCGGGGACGGUGCCUGACCACCGUGCUGCAGGCGAUCUACGGCACUGCGGAGCCUGGUGUCGAUUUACGCCGUCAGUUGCUGCGUGAAUGGGUGGCCUUGUGGUUGGCACAGCCUGGUCUUCAUCCACGGAUCUGCAAGGUAUGGCCCAUCGUGUUGGCGAGACUCAAGCGUGGCAAGGCCGUCUGUUGGAAGGAUGUUCGUGGCCCGAUUGCUGCACUGCAAGCGACCUUGCUGCAAGUGGGUUGGGAUCCCCAGUCGCCGUUGGUGUGGUCUCGGCCCUUAGCAGACGGCACGAUUGAUGAUUGGAUCUUCCCCUCCUUCGGUGACGAGCAGUUCGGCACGGCGGUGCUGGCCCACUUUGAUGACAUGCUGGGCGCCUUCAUGGAUGAUUGUGUUGCGCAGCAGUGGCAGUCAGCUUCUCAUCAUGCGGCUGGCGACGACCUGGCGGACGGCGCCGACUUGACGACUGUGACCAUCGAGCUGAACCGCUUCGCCAAGCGGAUGCAGUUCGACGAGUGGUCGGCGGAUGUCGCCGUGGUGAGCGGCGGCCAGUGGACUCGUGAGAGGCAGAUUGCCGCAGGUUAUGCCUGCCCGCUGCUGUGCCCCCGUUGUAAAGAAAAGCCUGAGACUUUAGCGCACCGUAUUUGGACGUGCUCAGCUAACUGCGGGCACGAAGAUUUUGCAAAGACUGACUUUCUGGUCCCCCAAGCCCUCGCGAGCCUGGACGCGCAGCCCGCGCCAUGGCUUCGCGGAGUGCCCCCGAAGGACCUUGUGGUGCCCAAGUUUGUGGAGAGCUCUGAGGCGGCCCAAAAG